CAGUGUAUGUGGCCAGCGCCCUAAGAUAGGAUUUUAAGUGCACUAAGAUCCUUUCACAUUAGGUUGACUUCAGGCAGUGACUUAUGGUGGUAGAUCUUUUCUUUUUCCUUUCUUCUGUUCUUAGUUCCCCCAUUAUAGCAAACACUUUAUUGAGACUGGUGCUGUUUUUGAAAGAAAAAAAUUUUUUUUUAUUUAAGAAAAUGGUAGGGAUCUUCCAAAUUGAUUUGGGGCCACCUUUCAGAGCCACUCUUUAGUAUCAUAUUAAACUUUUAAAAGCCUUUGUUGCCUUAGAAAAAAAUUUAACAGUUUUUAUUUCAAGACUCAGACUAGUGUCCCAUCAUUUAAUAUUCAGAUACUUUUUUGGUAUUUAUCAUUGAUUUUGCAGGACCCUUUAAAAUUUAGUAACAGUCGCUGUCAACAGCUGCUUACCAUGAAGCAGACGAAGCACUUUAUAAAUAAUUCUCAACAGCCCAGUGAGAUGCAAACCUUCACUGCUAUAUUUUGCAGUUGAGUAAGUUCAGAGGUUAAGUAGUUGAAGCAGCCUGUGGAUGAUAGAGAUUCAAGCCCAGGUUUUUCUCUUAUGAUUUUAUACUUUUUGUGCAUAAGAAUAAAUUGUAAUGUCAGUUCAUUUUGGUUUUGUAUGUCUGGAGUGGCACCUAGGACUUUUAGCUUUGAAGGUGAUUCAUAUGUAGAGGUAUGUGGUUAAUAACUUCUGGUGAACAUCUACAUUAGCUUAUUUUCAGUGCAUGAAUUCUAAAAAAAAAAAAGUUGGCCCUUUGCAGAUGCCUACUCCCAAGAGUUGAACUGAUUAUUAGAUCAUGUGAAAUUAAGCAUUACUGAAUGCUAUUGAUGUAUGAAAUGCCCUCAAGCCUAAAGGGAUCAAGUGAACGAAUUGUUUUGUUUACAGGGGAGGAGGUGGUGAGGGAAAGGUUUGAAAUAAUCAGGUGAGUAGGAGUCUUACAGAUGUAUAGUGAAAUUUGUAAGGUUCUGGUAAGUUUCUGCAGCUGAAGGACUUCUGCAUUAGCCUCUUUGGAAAAAAUGCUCUGGAAUUUCAAAAGGAAGGCUGGUCACUUGGGGGGAGGGGAACAGGGUGGAUGGGUUCAUUUUAGAGGGAAGAGGGUACUAUAUGCGAUCUCCAGUGACUUCCAAAUGGGUGGCUUCAAAAACAUGAGUACGGAGUAGCCUUUGAUCUCAAUUUUAACUCAGUCAUUUAAAAACUCCUUUUCUUUGUGAGUUUAAACUAGAUAAUAGCUAAAAUAGAGAUGAGAAUUUCCCCCAUCAAAUACAGUUUGAUGUCUUCAAUAUUAUAGUGCUGUGAUAGCCUUUGUAUUUUUUUAAUGUUAAAGAUACUUAUUAAAUUUUUUACUGAGGCUUUUGAUAUGAGUAUACAGUGAUAUAUAUAACUUCCGAAUAGUAGCUAUUCAGGUGAAGAGUGAAAUCUGAAAGGUCUAAGUGAAAACUUGAAAUGAAAAGGCUAGAGUUGGCAUUCAGAUGACAAAUAACUUGAAGACUCCGGUAGUUGAAUUAUGUGAAUUCUGGCUGAGCGCCUGUACUCAGUGGUUAGAAUGCUGGCUCUGUGUACCAGGGGUGGCAAGUUUGAACAUCUGUCCUGUAGUGGAAAAAAAAAUUACGUGAGUUUUCUUAAAACUAGGAACUGUUUGAGCCUAAGAAAUUGAGUGCUUUUUGCUAGGAGGUAUUAGAUUUCACUGCCUUUACCCUACCCCAAAAUAGAAAGGUGGAAUCCUUUGGGUUGUGGCAUUGCCACAGGAGUCAUUUAACCCUGUCUUGGCUUUCCUCUUGUGACACCUCUGAGAGGUGUUUCUUCAGUACCUCUUGAAAAGAGUAUGUUUUGAUUGACUGCUUUAUGUGCUUAUUUUUUAUAGCAUUUAAAUCAAACGGUAUUGAGAUGGAUUGGGUUAUGAAACAUAAUGGUCCAAAUGACGCUAGUGAUGGGACAGUACGACUUCGAGGACUACCAUUUGGUUGCAGCAAAGAGGAAAUAGUUCAGUUCUUUCAAGGGUUGGAAAUCGUGCCAAAUGGGAUAACAUUGACGAUGGACUACCAGGGGAGAAGCACAGGGGAGGCCUUCGUGCAGUUUGCUUCAAAGGAGAUAGCAGAAAAUGCUCUGGGGAAACACAAGGAAAGAAUAGGGCACAGGUAUAUUGAGAUCUUCAGAAGUAGCAGGAGUGAAAUCAAAGGAUUUUAUGAUCCACCAAGAAGAUUGCUGGGACAGCGACCGGGACCAUAUGAUAGACCAAUAGGAGGAAGAGGGGGUUAUUAUGGAGCUGGGCGUGGAAGUAUGUAUGACAGAAUGCGACGAGGAGGUGAUGGAUAUGAUGGUGGCUAUGGAGGUUUUGAUGACUAUGGUGGCUAUAAUAAUUAUGGCUAUGGCAAUGAUGGCUUUGAUGACAGAAUGAGAGAUGGAAGAGGUAUGGGAGGACAUGGCUAUGGUGGUGCUGGUGAUGCAAGUUCAGGGUUUCAUGGUGGUCAUUUUGUACAUAUGAGAGGGUUACCUUUUCGUGCAACUGAAAAUGAUAUUGCUAAUUUCUUCUCACCACUAAAUCCAAUACGAGUUCAUAUUGAUAUUGGAGCUGAUGGCAGAGCAACAGGAGAAGCAGAUGUAGAGUUUGUGACACAUGAAGAUGCAGUAGCUGCCAUGUCUAAAGAUAAAAAUAACAUGCAACAUCGAUACAUCGAACUCUUCUUGAAUUCUACUCCUGGAGGCAGCUCUGGAAUGGGAGGUUCUGGAAUGGGAGGCUAUGGCAGAGAUGGAAUGGAUAAUCAGGGUGGUUACGGAUCUGUUGGAAGAAUGGGAAUGGGGAACAAUUACAGUGGAGGAUAUGGUACUCCUGAUGGCUUAGGUGGUUAUGGUCGUGGUGGUGGAGGCAGUGGAGGUUACUAUGGACAAGGUGGCAUGAGUGGAGGUGGAUGGCGUGGGAUGUACUGAAAGCAUAAGCAUCAACAUACAAGUCCUGACAACAGCAUCUGGUCUACUAGACUUUCUUACAGAUUUAAUUUCUUUUGUAUUUUAAGAACUUUAUAAUGACUGAAGGAAUGUGUUUUCAAAAUAUUAUUUGGUAAAGCAACAGAUUGUGAUGGGGAAAUCUGUUUUCUGUAGGUUUUAUUUGUUGCAUACUUUGACUUAAAAAUAAAUUUUUAUAUUCAAACCACUGAUGUUGAUACUUUUUAUAUACUAGUUACUCUUAAAGAUGUGCUGCCUUCACAAGAUUUGGGUUGGUGUAUUUUACUAUUAGCUCUAUAAGAAGUAGGAUGGUAUAAUUUUAGAGGAUAAUGGUUCACCUCUGUGUAAACUGCAAGUCUUAAUAAGCAGAUGUCUGGAAUAGAGCUUCACAAAUAAUUAGUGUAACUUUUUGUUAAUUUUCCUGGACAAUACUGUAAAUAUAAAGCCUAAAGAUGUAGCUUCAGGAGUAUAAAUUCAGCUACUUAAUUCCAUAUUAUUCUUUUUCAAAUGUAACUUAUCAGGCAUAGCUCUGGAUUUCUGAAUAAUUACAAUUGUGUUACAUGGGGAUGAGAGCAUUGAAAUUUCUAAAUUCUAACCCUAGAUCUUGGAGUAAAAUUCCCUCAGCACUAGACCGAAGUACCAAAAAUGUUUCCAAAAAAUUGAGAGUGGUAAGUUAUCUCGAGAUGUCUUAGAGUAAGUUAAGGUUCUCAGUGAUAUGAGAAUUUAGUAUAAUAAGUACAUAGGUAUUUACUAUGGAACAUAAUUUUUACAGAUGUAUUUUCAGUUUUCUGCUCAAUAGAGCAUAUGGUUUUUAAAAAUGUGUAAAUGACUACUUAAAAAUAUGAGACAAGUCCAUGUUAUACUCAAUUAAAACAAGUCUGCAGUUGGGUUUUUGCAGCUGAUACCUGCUUGGAGUUUUAGUUAAAAAUACUAUGUAGCAAGGAAAAGGUGCUUUUUAAUUUUAAUCCCUUUGAUCAAUAUGGUUUUUUCCAAAUUGGCUAAUGGAUCAAAAUGAAACCUGUCAAUGUGAAUUCAGUUAUUGAACUUGUUACUUGUUUUUGCUAGAAAUGUUAUUAAUGUAAUAAAUGUCAAUGUGGGAGAUAAUGGU